GUUGCUCACAAGACGCAGAUUUUUAGUAGUACCUAGUUAAUUCUGCCAAACAUGGCGGUGUCUGAGCGCGAUUAACCGCUCAUUACUUUGUAACAUCAGAUAGUUUCUUUUUAUUUGCAUUAAAGGCUCUAAUAAGAUUUUGAAGAUGACCUCAAAUAAUGGAGAAAGUGUUGGAGCAAGGACUUGUGUUGCAUCUCAGUUUUUCAAAGAUGAUAAAGCAAUUGAUAUGACCACCAGCGAAAAGGUUGUCGAUCUCCUGAACCAAGCCGCUCUUAUUGCUACAGACAGCAAACUCACAGUUCUCAAACAGGUCCAGGAGCUUAUCAUCAACAAGGACCCCUCUUUACUUGACAAUUUCUUAGAUGAGAUCAUAGCCUUUCAGACUGAUAAAUCAAUGGAAGUAAGAAAGUUUGUCAUCGGUUUCAUUGAGGAAGCAUGUAAGAGAGACAACGAGCUCUUGCUACGACUGAUUGCCAACCUUAACAUGCUGCUGAAGGAUGAAAGUGUCAAUGUAGUGAAGAAGGCCAUUCUCACAUUCACUCAGCUCUACAAAGUUGCAUUGCAGUGGUUUGUGCGUUCUAAGGUUAUGUCAGAAAUGCAGGAAGCAUGCUGGGACAUGGUGACUCAGAUGAAGGAGGACAUUCUGGCCAUGCUGGACAUUGACAACGAUGGAGUCCGCACUCAUGCUAUAAAGUUCACUGAGUCUCUCAUCAUCACUCUGUCACCGAGGACUUCAGACUCAGACACUCCCAAGCGCCAAGAGGGAGACAUUAGCCUGGAUAAAAUACCUAAAGACCAUCCCUACAUCCGCUAUGAUACCCUAUGUGAGGAGGGAAAAUCUGCACUGGAGCAACUUCUCAAGUUCAUGGUCCACCCGGCUAUCUCCAGCAUCAACCUGACCACGGCCCUUGGUUCCCUAGCCACGCUGGCACGACAGAGGCCCAUGUUUAUGUCUGAGGUGGUGCAGGCUUACGAGACUCUGCAUGCCAACCUACCCCCAACCCUGGCCAAAUCUCAAGUGAGCAGUGUACGCAAGAAUCUCAAGCUGCACUUACUGGCGGUGCUAAAGCACCCGUGCAGCCUGGAGUUUCAGGGUCAAAUAAGCACUCUCCUCCUGGACCUGGGGAUGUCCCAGAAUGAAAUAGCCCGCAACACGCCAGCCCCUCGCGAACAGCGCAAAAGGCCCCGCAUUGAGCCCUACUCAGAUGGCAAAAAGCUCAAGAUGGAGCCCGUUCUUCUAGAAGAUGAUGACGAUAAAGAAGAGCCAGUCGCCCCUUCUGUUUCCAAGCCCUCCUCUGUGCCAGCGGCGCAGUCAGCCAUCGACCUCACAGCCGAGUUCCUGCGCCCCCUGCUCUCUCCGGAGAACGUGGCCAAUUUGGUGCUGAUCAGCAUGGUGUACUUGCCUGAUGUCAUGCCAGCGUCCUUCCAGGCCACAUACACGCCGGUGGAGUCGGCAGGAACCGACGCCCAGAUCAAACACUUGGCCAGACUCAUGGCCACUCAGAUGACCGCGGCGGAGAUUGGACCAGGACUGGAGCAGUGCAAAGCACGAGACGAGGAAGCUGGGAAGGACGAGGCCUUGGACGACAGCUUAGGGGAGACCUCCAAAGACCUGCUCAUCAAGCGUAAAGUGCCAGUUGUGGGUCAGGCCAUCUCUGUGGUAGGAGGAGGCUACACAGAGAAGAGCCAAUUGGAAACCCCCCAAGUCAAGAGGCUUCCCGAGCCCAUUCUCCCCUCCACACAGAUCAAAAUGCCCGGUGCAAGUGGGAAGAGGAAAGUGUUCAGGCUGGCUGAUGUGGUCCAGCCCUUCACAGACGCCCAGCUGGAGAAGAUGACCAACACGGCUGUCAAGCGCAUCCUGCACUCUGAAAAGGCUAUAGCACAGAGCGGGAUGUCCCACGUGCGUGUCAAGCUGCUCUCCAGGCUCGUGUGCCAGUUCGAGGGGAUAAUGAUGGACGACGUGCUGGAGUUCAUCCUGGAGGACAUCCGGACGAGGAUCGACCUGGCCUUCUCCCUCCUCUACCAGGAGUACAACACGUACCUCAGUCAGCAACCGGCGGGUCUGUUGGACGCCUACGACCACUGCCUGUUCACGCUGCUGGCCGGCCUGCAGGAGAAGCCCGAGCAGAGGGACGGGCUUUUCACUAAGCUUGUGCUGGAGGCUCCCUUGAUUACAGAGUCUGCUUUGGAUGUCAUACGACGGUACUGUGAAGAUGAGUCGCGUGUGUACCUUGGCAUGACCACUCUGAAGGAGCUGAUUAUAAAACGCCCCUCAAGACAGUUCCAGUACCUCCAUGUUCUUCUGGACCUAAGCUCACAUGAGAAGGAGAAGGUGCGCUCCAAUGCCCUGUCUUUCAUAAAACGGAUGUAUGAGAAGGACCAGCUGAGGGACUACAUCGAGAAGUUUGCCCUGAACUACAUGCAGCUGCUCGUUCACCCCAACCCUCCGUCCUUACUCUUCAGUGCCGAUAAGGACACAGAGGUGGCUUCCCCCUGGACGGAGGAGACAGUGAGGCAGUGCCUGUACCUCUACCUCUCCCUCCUGCCUCUCAACCACCGCCUGGUUCACGAGCUGGCGUCUGUUUACACAGAGGCCAUCGCUGACAUUAAGCGCAGUGUGCUUCGGGUGAUAGAGCAGCCAAUCCGUGGAAUGGGGAUGAACUCUCCUGAUCUGCUGCUUCUGGUUGAAAACUGUCCUAAAGGAGCAGAGACUCUAGUCACCCGAUGCCUUCACAUUCUCACUGAUAAAGUGCCGCCGUCACCAGAGCUGGUGGAGAGAGUGAGGGACCUUUAUCACAAACGAGUGCCAGACGUUCGUUUCCUGAUUCCUGUCAUAAACGGUCUGGAAAAGAAAGAGGUGAUCCAGGCUCUUCCCAAGCUUAUCAAGUUGAACCCUGUGGUGGUGAAGGAAGUCUUCAACCGUCUCCUCGGCACUCAGCACAGCGAGGGCAGCUCCUCCAUGUCUCCCCUCACCCCGGGCGAGCUCCUCGUGGCCUUACACAACGUUGACUCAACCAAGUGUGACAUGAAGUCCAUCAUAAAAGCCACCAACCUGUGUUUUGGAGAGAGGAAUGUGUACACGUCAGAGGUCCUGGCUGUGGUGAUGCAGCAGCUGAUGGAGCACAGCCCCCUACCCAUCCUCCUGAUGAGAACCGUCAUCCAGUCCCUCACCAUGUAUCCACGCCUGGGCGGCUUCGUCAUGAACAUCCUGUCCCGGCUCAUUGUCAAGCAGGUGUGGAAGUAUCCAAAGGUGUGGGAGGGCUUUGUGAAGUGCUGCCAGAGGACCAAGCCUCAGUCAUACAGCGUCCUCCUGCAGCUCCCCCCAGCCCAGCUGACCAGCGUGUUUGAGCGCUGCCCAGAGAUGAGGGAGCCCCUCCUACAGCACGUGCACUCCUUCACCCCCCACCAGCAAGCGCACAUUACGGCCUCCGUCAUGACCGUCCUGGAGGCCAACAGCAAGCAGCCGGAGCCAGAGGCCAUGCGCCCUGUGAUGGCAGAGAGGAAGGUUGAGACCCCCCCAGCAGCCAUUGCGCCCCCGGCCACCAGUGCACCAGCUGCAAUCAUGGCGCCCGUUGUAACUGCUCCGGUACAAGCAGAACCUCUUCCGGUACCUCUGAAAGAACCAGAGCUACCAGUCCAGCAGGCUGUGCCGACUAGAAAAGAGGAAGAGGAACCCAUGGACGAAGGAGAAACAGCCCCCGCUGGUCAAGAGGAUACUGCAGAUACAGUUUUGCAGGUGGAUUUGCCAGUAGUGGAAGAGAACUCAACUCAGGAUUCUGAAGAGAAAAUGGAGGAACCAGUGGAGGAACCAAUGGAGGAGACAUCUACUGAACCAGCAGAUGUCACUGACCAAUUAAAAGACAGUAUUGCAGAACCUGAGACUGACAGAACCACAGAACCUGAGACUGGCGCAGGAGAUGCAGAAUGAGGCUCUGUUAUAAAGGGGGGCAUAAAGGAGAAGGUUAAAAACAGAGGAUUGAAAGCAGCAACCUUUUGACUGCACCUCUGUUUGUGUUAACUCUAACCUGUAUGAUCCUCUUGAAAUUAGGCAGUCUGUUCAUUCCAAAAACAUUUUGUCCUUUGUUGUAUAUUUAUGCACUUCAGCAAUGUAGUAAGGAAAACAUUUACUAAGUCCUCAUUUAUUUUUGUUUUGAAGGUAAUUAAUAGAAAAUGUAUUUGUCACAAGAAUAAAAUCUGAUUUCUGUUUA